UGGCUGGGCUGGUGCGGGCCAGUCUCGGCCCCUGUGGCCUGCAGCCCCUGUCAGUUACGGAGCACGGGGAUGAGCAUCCCUGUGUGGACACAGCUGGAAAGGCUACAGGUUCUUAUUUAUCCUCAAGUGCCAGAGCUGAUCACCUCUCCAGGACACCUACCUUAAUUCUACAGGCACUUCCCUGCCUCACCAAGCAGGGAGCCUCCAUCACCACAGGAAGGACUGAGAUGGCACAGAUUCAGUCCACCCUAAUGACCUAGCCAGGCCACGCUGGGGCGUGAGUGGGUCCAGCAGGAGGAGACAUGGCUGCCAAAGUGUUUGAGUCCAUCGGCAAGUUCGGCCUGGCGUUAGCUGUUGCUGGAGGCGUGGUGAACUCUGCCUUGUAUAAUGUGGAUGCCGGGCACAGAGCUGUCAUCUUUGACCGGUUCCGUGGGGUGCAGGACAUCGUGGUAGGGGAAGGAACUCACUUUCUCAUCCCUUGGGUGCAAAAACCAAUUCUUUUCGACUGCCGCUCUCGGCCACGUAAUGUGCCAGUAAUCACUGGCAGCAAAGAUUUACAGAAUGUCAACAUCACCUUGCGCAUCCUUUUCCGGCCGGUUGCCAGCCAGCUCCCCCGCAUCUUCACCAGCAUCGGAGAGGACUAUGACGAGCGUGUCCUGCCGUCCAUCACUACAGAAAUCCUCAAGUCGGUGGUGGCUCGCUUUGAUGCUGGAGAACUGAUCACCCAGAGAGAACUGGUCUCCAGGCAGGUGAGCGAUGACCUCACGGAGCGAGCAGCAACCUUUGGGCUCAUCCUGGAUGAUGUGUCCUUGACACAUCUGACCUUCGGGAAGGAGUUCACAGAAGCGGUGGAAGCCAAACAGGUGGCUCAGCAGGAAGCAGAGCGGGCCAGAUUUGUGGUGGAAAAGGCUGAGCAGCAGAAGAAAGCAGCCAUCAUCUCUGCCGAGGGAGACUCUAAAGCCGCAGAGCUGAUCGCCAACUCGCUGGCCACUGCAGGAGACGGCCUGAUCGAGCUGCGCAAGUUGGAAGCCGCAGAGGACAUCGCCUACCAGCUCUCGCGCUCUCGGAACAUCACCUACCUGCCCGCUGGGCAGUCGGUGCUGCUCCAGCUGCCCCAGUGAGGCCGCCUGCCUGUGCUGCCUCGGGCCACCUGGGCCACAGCUCCAGGGGGGCUUCACACCGCCUUCCUUCUGCCCCACCCCAGAAAUCACUGUGAAAUUUCAUGAUUGGCUUAAAAUGAAGGAAAUAAAAGUAAAAUCACUUCAACUCUAAUUACUCUAUCCGAUGAAACUUUCAUUCUCAUUCCCAUCCACGUUUUUAUCCAUUGUCCUACCAAAAAUUGCCAAGUGCCUGCACAGACCAGCUUGGCUCCUGGCUUCGGGGUCUGCUGGUGUGCCAGCCGAGGCUUCGGCGAUCGGCAGAAGAAAGGCGGGGGGGGGUGGGUGUCGUGGGCCUGGGAGCGCAGUCAUUGGCCUGCCCUGAGUAAACUUGUAACCUCUGUCUCACCAUUUAUUCAAGACUUGAGGAAGUUGGCACGCGCAGCUGAGCUGAGGGGCAGGCCCCAGGGCUUUCCAGCGGUUCCUGCCACAGACAGCUGAAAAGGUGCAGAGGGGCGGUCAGAGAGGAAGUAGUCUGUCAGUUACCCUGAGACUGAUCCUCCUUAACCGAGGGGCUGGCGAAGCAGGUGUGUCCGAGCAGGGCAUGGAUAGAAGAAGCUGCCCGGUGAAGGUGGGUGGGCCUGAUGUGCUGGCCCCCAGAGCCCUAAAACAGAUGAACUUGGAUGGUGAGAGCAGGCCUGGACCGAGAUGUGAGUCCUGCGGAAGACUUCCUCUCCACUCCCACCUCGGGGUCUCAAAUACCCAGUGGAGCUCCAGCUUGAAGGAUUGCAUCCUGCCGGGGCUGAGCUUGCCUGCCAAAGACGUGCGGCCUGCGUCCCUGGCUCCUGCAUCAGAGACUGACUGCCCUGCUAGAGCACCCUGCCUGCUUUGAAGGGAACAGCCCCAGGAUGAAAACAAAUGUGUGUAAGCUGCUGUCAAUAAAUGACACCCAGGUCUUCCAGCUCA